AUGAGUGAAGAGAAGAAAGGGGCCUCAUCCCAUACGUUGAGGGUUCGCAAUGGACCAGAGGAGAGGAGGAAUGUGCCAGAAAGUUCUGGUAUUUCCAAUCAGCCUAAGCAACAAGGGCAGCAGCAAUCGGACAGUCCACAUGGGAUGCCCCAGGAGCCUGAGCAGCCCCCAGACCACCUGGACUCCCCGAGGAAGGACCAGCCUGUUUACAAAGAGUUGACCAAUGUCACCCAGAAGCAGUGGAAGCGCUGGGCCCUGAGCAGAUCUGAGCUCCAGGCCGCUUAUUCCUCUGAGGUGGGAGUAGGAGACGUAGCAAUGGCUGGCCCAAGCCGCCUAUCACCAGGAUCUGAGUUUGCAGCCUUCUCUCUGUACGGUACGGGACGACUCUGCUGCCGGACACCCUCUGAGGCAUCAGGUGGGUGUCGCCGUUUUCCUGCAGGCCAGCCUCACUCGCCCCCUCCCAGUGCAGAAGUCUUGUCACUGCUCAGCACAAUUACCCCUGUUCCAGAUAAUGUUGUGGUUACACGGAGCGCCCCGCGGAAUUCCUGGAAGUUUGGCACACUCUGCCAUGGAAGGAGAGUCUUUGCUGUUGCCAUCAGUGGUUUGACACGCCGUGUGUACACCUGUGGCACUGGCUACAUCAAGGUGUGGGACGAGAGUGCUCUGUAUGCCAGGGACAAGGCCCCUCAGGCCCAGCUGGAUUUUCAGGACCCACAUGACUGUGUCUUCACCUGCAAGCUGUUCCCCGAUGAGCAGACCCUGAUCACAGGGGGUUUGUCUGAGACCCUGACUCUCUGGGACCUGGCACCCACGCCCCGAGUCCGGAUACAGCUGCCCACUGCAGGCUCCAUGUGCCCUGCCCUGGCUCUUUCCCCUGACGCCCACCUCUGCUUCGCUUGUUUCAAAGGAUUUGUGGAGAUUUGGGAUCCGCACAACCAAAUCUUGGUCAGGAAGCACAACAUCCCCAGAUACGGGUCUCGAAGGAUUGACAUUGCAGGCAACACGUUCUGGACGGGAGGCGAAGAUACCAACCUGUAUUCCUGGGACCUGAGGACCUACCAGAUGCUGCAGCAACAUCACAUGCAGUAUGAGAUCCUAAGUAUUACCCAUGACCCCAGUGAGGAAUGGAUGUUAGUGGGCUUGAGAACGGGCAGUAUUUUCAUCUUACACACGUAUCGGGAUGAAAAGUUUAUGACUGGCUCAGAAAAAUACCUCCAGCACCACAACAUCAAGUUCGCCUCCUCUGGGAGCUUUUUUGUGACCACAAUGGACGCAUCCAUCCGCUGCUUGGAGGCAUCUUCUCUACAGAAGUUGUUUCAGGUAGAGGAGCCUUUCGAAAUCCUGUGUUGUGAGAUGUUUCCCAACAACCAGUAUCUGAUCACGGGCUCCAGGAACAGUGCCACAGUUUACCAGCUCUUGUACUGAAGGUUGGGAGCCACGGUUGUGCCACGUCCACCUUGGGGCCAGCGUGGCUGAGAGGAUGACCUCAGGGUGCUGGAUAACUUCCUCCUCA